AGUUAAUGUGAUGUCGGUAUGUCUAUCACCUGACAAAUAUGAGCGCUGUUCUGUCGCUCACGCGGGAUAUGUUUAGUGAAAUGAGUGUAGCAGGGUCACUCUUUAUGCAGUAAUGUUCAAGAGCAGUUUACAAGAGUAAAAACCUUUUCAAAUCUGCAAUGAAUCAUGAAGAGGAGUCGAGGCCACUGUUGGCAGAGGAGGAGAAUACUGAGCACAGAGCAGAGGACAGGUCUGAAACAGAGACCUAUCUGAACAACGUCAAAAAUGGGAAGUUGUACAUGGCCACGUUCGCCGCUGUACUUGGCCCCCUCAGCUUUGGCUUCGUGCUUGGAUACAGUUCUCCUGCCAUACCGGAUCUGCAGAAAAUUCCUGACCCAAGGCUCAGACUCACUGCUGAAGAAGGUUCCUGGUUUGGGUCUGUAGUGACGAUUGGAGCCGGGCUCGGAGGUUUGCUAGGAGGCUGGGUGGUGGAGAAGAUUGGGCGAAAGCUGAGUCUCAUGUUCUGUGCUUUGCCGUUCAUUUUCGGUUUCACUGUCAUCAUCGCUGCUCAGAACCACUGGAUGCUGUAUGUGGGACGGGUGCUUACUGGUGUAGCCAGUGGCGUUACAUCUCUUGUUGUACCUCUCUACAUCUCAGAAACAUCUCAUGAGCGUGUAAGAGGAACAAUGGGCUCCUGUGUGCAGCUCAUGGUAGUGACAGGAAUCAUGGGAGCUUAUAUUACUGGCCUGUUCCUGGACUGGAGAUGGCUGGCCGUCACCUCCUCCAUUCCCCCUACAUUGAUGCUGGUGUGUAUGUGCUUCAUGCCAGAGACGCCCCGCUACCUGCUGUCUCGGGGGAAGAGGAGUGAAGCAGAAGAGGCACUGCGCUUCCUUAGAGGACGCGACACCCCAGUUGAGUGGGAAUGUGCCAGGAUAGAAGCAGCCUCUCGAUAUGAGGAAGGAAGCCUCAGUCUGGCUGAUCUGAAAGACCCUGGUGUAUAUAAACCUUUAGGAGUGGGCAUCAUGAUGAUGCUCUUGCAGCAGUUCACUGGCAUCAACGCCAUCAUGUUCUAUGCACAAACUAUAUUUGAACUAGCACACUUCCAGAAUGGCAGUGUCGCGUCAGUGUUUGUAGGAGCCACUCAGGUGAUCUUCACAGCAGUCGCGGCUCUAGUCAUGGAUCGAGCUGGAAGAAAAGUUCUCCUCAUCCUGUCAGGUGUUGCCAUGUGUGUGAGUGAAGCAGCUUUUGGUAUUUAUUUCAAGGUGUCUACAGCGAACCACGGUAACGCUACAUUGUUAAGCACAAUUAUGGAAGCCCAGGAUGCAGUCAGUGAAGCCACACACACUGAUCUGUCCUGGCUCGCACUUACUAGCAUGGGCAUUUUUAUAACAGGUUUUGCACUGGGUUGGGGACCUAUACCGUGGCUCGUGAUGUCUGAGAUUUUUCCCACCAAAGCUCGAGGGCUCGGAAGUGCUGCAUGUGUACUCACUAACUGGACUUGUGCCUUCAUUGUCACCAAGACGUUCCAGAAUCUCACAGAUCUCCUAACCAGUGCUGGAACGUUCUGGAUGUUCUCAUGUCUCUGUGCCCUCAAUGUCAUCUUCACUGUCUUCUUUGUCCCAGAGACUAAAGGCAAAACACUGGAAGAAAUUCAGGCACAUUUUAAAGGAGCUCACUCUCUCUAAGCUCUAGUUAAGCCUCUGUUCUCACUGCUAGCACCAAAGUAAAAAAAAGUUUGGACAUCUUCUCUGGAUUUCUUGAACUAAUACUAGUUACUGAACAAAAUGACUCAGAAUAGCAACUGGUCACUUGUCUCUAAAGAUUACUAACGGGAACUAUUUACAAAGUUGUCCUUAUAAAGAAGGUGCUCAUACAAGGGAUACUGAUAACCCUUUUAGUACAUGUGUACUGGGGCUUACGUUUGUCUUUUAUUUCUUUUGGUAAUAAAGGCACUUGUACUAUUAAAGUAUAUCAGAUUCAUAUCUUCUGAAGUUAAUCUUCAGGGAUCUUUAACAAAUGGCACUUGUUUACAUUACAUUGCCUGUGUUUGAAGCUUUUUAUGAGAGUUCACUGAAGGUACUUGAUUAGAUCACUUUAGUUCAGAUGCAUCUUCACAGUAAAUAACACGUUAGAAUUGCAUGUUUAAUAAGAAGCUAAUAAGCUAAUGUUACUGAAAAUACCUCCAACUACCAAUAAACUAACUUUAAUACAUGUGUAAAUAA